AUGGUGCAAUCUUUGAGCCGCUCUAACCAUACCCUUUUCCGACCUGAUAGCGCCAGAUAUGGUUUACGAGGAGCCUCAAAUUCACCCUAUGGGGAAAUUUCGAAAACCAUUUUUAUCAUAAACUGGGCCUUCAAUGAUUUCAAUUGGAAUAAAUGUUUGGUAUGCUUGGGUCGUGGCCAUGCGUGUAGGAUAGUGUGCCACUUGCCACUACACUAUCCCGCCAAAAAUCAUCAUGAUUGUCGAACUCAGGGACGAAAUUCUUUGUUCUAUAAAAGAAUAUAUCUGCUUGGGUCUUCUACCGUUCCGUUUUUCUUCAUUCACGUACCGUUCUAUAUUUGUAUAUUGAUGCCAUUGAUGGAUUUGGAUACCGGUAUAAUCUCAGACUUUCUGCCAUUUUUAUUUGCUUGGAGUCCUGCCACCAAUCCUUUAAUAGUACUGUAUUUUUCCGAUAAAAAAGACAGCGACAAGAUCCUACCUACCAACCCAGUAAUAACGCUAGGCAAGAGACCCAUGAAAAUUGGAAUGUUCCCCACUCAGGCUAUUUUAGAGUAA